GACAAAAUAACAUAGUACCAUUUAGUCUUCCAAAGCACAAACUAAGGCGUAGUGCACCACAGGAAUGAACAGCAUGUACGGGUCUGAAGACCCGUUUGAAAAUGGCUGGGCCGCCUCCACUCCUCCAGCAGCUUCCCAGCAGUUCCCAGCCCUGGAUCAGAGUUUCUCAGCAUCGGCAACCCCAUCAGACAUUUCCAUCAAAGUUCCUUCGCAGUACCACGAGAUCUUCCAGAAAUUGAGCAGCCAAGUGGCGUCUUUCAGUGGAUUGCAGGCCUAUGUAUUUUCUCCGCUCAUUACCGAAAGCCUUCUCACGUCAUACCAAGCGUCGAAAAUCAUCGAUAUUUUGUAUGACCACAACAUAAUGCCACCCAAUUCUGAAAACAACUUCUUCCACGUCUUGGGCCUCAUUGCGCUCGAGAUCAACAGUGCUGGCACGGGCGAUUUUGUGACCUUGCAAUUCAAAUUAAAUUCAGGCCUUCCUCCUUUGCCGCCCGCUGCUGCGGCUUUACUUAUGGAAGAUUCAAACGAAGAUCUUGACAUUCUUCGAGACGCAGAGCAAAGCGAUGUGAUUGAUCCUUUGACAUCGCAAUUGGCAAACUCCGAUUUGUUGGAGGAAGGUCACCAAAACAUGACCCACUGGGAUACCGCAGACGCCAAUAGGGGAUCUUUUGCGGCUCCUACCUCGGAUCCUACCGUUCACGACCACACUGCACUUCUGUUUGACCCCAAUGUCACAGCUCCCGAAUCAAUUCAUGCCGACGAUUACGAGCACUUGUCCAAACAUAUAUCAGAGAUUCGUGACAGAUUCAAACCGUUGAUAGAUGGCGAAAAUAAAAUCAAAAUCAAGGAGGUACCGGAGAAAGAAGGUCUAUUGUUCAAACAUAUCAAUUACGCCAUUACUCACGAAAUCUCUUUAGGUAUUACUGGCCCCGCUGGAGUCAAGAAAGUCAUCAGAAGGUAUUCGGAUUUCGUUUGGCUCCUUGAAUUCUUACUAAAGAAGUACCCCUUCAGAGUUAUUCCUGGAUUGCCUCCAAAGAAAUUCACCGGAGCGUCUCCAGAUUCCCAAUUCUUGCAGCGCAGGCGCCGAGGCUUGCACAGGUUCUUGAACCAAGUUGUUAAGCAUCCAGUACUAAAACAGGAACCAAUCGUCGUCACUUUCUUGACCGUUCCCACUGAUUUGGUUUCCUGGAAAAAACAAGCUAGAAUUGACUACUCUUUAGAAUUCAAGGGAGAGAAAAUCCUGACGAGCUUCAUGAAUUCUAUCUGGCCAGCCGUGGGCGACGAAUUCUUGCACAAUUGGAAGAAUGCAGAACUGGGCUUACCCAAAUUAAUUGAAUACUGGACAAAAAUAGUGAUGUUGGUAGAGAGACAUGAGAAGAGGCAACAACAGAUAGCAUUUGACAACGGAAAAUUCGUGGAAAUGAUUACGAAAUUCUCAGAUCUUGACGAGACCCUAUUUCCGCAUAAAGUUACUGAAAACAAAGUGAUUUCGACGUCAAAUACUCACGAUACAAGCUCUAUCAACGAGUCUUUGUCCAGUAUUUCUGCAUUCUUUGACAAGGCUUCUACACUUCUCAUCGACGAGAGUUACAUUAUAAAUACCGACAUUUUGGAGAAGUUCAAAAACUUUUUGGACUGUUUGUAUUCACUCCAGGAACUAUUUGACAGAUCUAAGAGACUCUCGAUUAACACAAUUCCGCAGCUCAAACAACGCAUUCAGGAAAAUGAGGAAAAACAUGAAAGGCUCUCAAAGAGUGAUGUCGACAUCAAAGGCAGUGAGCUUGUGAAGUUGAGACAAACCAUUAUUAACGAUAAACAAGAAAUGUUUCAGCAGCUUAAUAAAGAUUGGUUGAUCAAAAAAUGCUGUUUUGAGGAGUUUGUUAUGUUCCAAGAAACGCAGUUUUUGAUUUCAGAAGCAUGGUGCGAUUGGUGUCGCGGGCGAUUCAAGUUCCAGGACAAAUGUUUUGGUCUUUACGAAGCUUUGCAGGAUGAGGUUGUGUCCGACAUGCCUUUGAGAAGAUAAAAUUAGUCUGUUAAUGGUCAUUUCUGUCGAAUAUGGAGUUACUUUAACCCUGCUUUUUCUUCCCACCGUUGAAGAAGCAGAUGCUGUGAAUUGUGUAGAUCUAGUUGAUUAUCAAAGUAUUUCUUAUCCAAGACCUGGGUGAUAUUGAGGGCACCCUGGGCCUCUUUGAACUGGGACUUGCCAUGAAGUGUUGCCAAAACUUUGCCCACACGAAUUCCUAAGGACGCACCGGUGGGGAAACCUUUGUCAAACCCAUCUUGUAACCCCAGUUCUUGGGCCUUAGUAAUCCCAUCUAGAUACCCUUGGUUCACGUGCGCACGUUGCAAAUCGGCGUGUAUGGAUAUAGAUUCCUCAUCACUUCCCCAGACAUCAUCUGUCAGUUGCAAGUCUUUGUCUGAUGUCUUUUCACUUUUUUUAGCCUUGCAGUGGCACUUUCCCGUACAAG